AUGACAAACAUUCUCACCAACUCCUACUCGUACUCAGGUUUCUCUUCUUCUGCAAACAUGUUCCUUCAGACUUUCAGUUAAUUUUCAGACAAAUCGACUCGAUCUUCUGAACAUUUGUCUGCUCGGCAUUCCCAUUGCAAAAAGCUCAACAGAGAUAAGCGCAAACAUCCGAAGAAUGCGAUCAUUAUCAACUUUUCCGAUGGACAGCACGUCACAGAAGGGGACGUCAGAAGGGAACUGGCUCAGUUUAAGCUUCUGACGUCUUCAUCGAUCACUGCAACUGUUUCCAGGUUCGGACGAAUUCGUGCUGUUAUCAUGUGCACUUUGGACGCCUGCCAAGCCUUUGUGACUAUGCACAGUGACCCGGAAUGUGGCUGCUCCGCACGAAGAUGCAUCGCUCGCCUGCUCGAGCUCACUAAUGGAUUUCUAAUCGUCAACGGAUUCAUCUGGUCUGUGUGCCGUCCGAAACAAUGGAAGAAGCUGAUGGACGAUGUGACGCCCACGCACACCGAAGCGUCGGAGAGCCAUGUCGGAGAGAUGGUCACUGUCGACCAGCUCACCAGCAUUUUCACCAACUUUUUCCGUCAGAACUCAUCGGUAAGUGUCUUCAGGACACAUUAGGCUUAAGUGGAGUGUUUCCAGGUCUCACAAACGUCCAUCUUCUCCAACUCAACCCAAUCGUCCUCCUCUCUGUCCGUCGGCAAAGCGCGCAGCUCGUCUGGAUCCUCUUCAUCGGCUGCCGACUCGUGCGACUCUUCAAUCACAAUCACUCCGUUCACCAUCUACCCUGCCCAACAGUCCACCGGCUUCAUCUCACUUCCUCCGCCGUACCACAUCCUCCCGGACACCGCCUUCUUCCGCAAGACAAAGAUCGUCGUUCCUCCGCCGCCGGCCGUCGGAAAGUCUCUGACUCAACGCGUCAUGAAUCGCUACGUGGCGAGCAUGCAGAAGGGCGAUGCCAAAGCGCUCAGAAGCAUCGGGAACAUCACGAAGAGCAGCUGUCCGCCACUGGAGCUCAAUUGCAGUUGGUGGAAUCCCAUGUGA